ACCGGGAGCCCAAACAUCAUCUGCUCGGCCCUCCCGACCCACUGGCGCUCCAAUAAGACGCUUCCCGUGGCCUUCAAAGUGGUGGCGUUGGGAGAGGUGUCGGACGGAACGGUAGUCACGAUUAAGGCGGGCAAUGACGAGAACUGGUGCGGAGAACUCAGGAAUGCCUCCGCCAUCAUGAAGAACCAGGUCGCCAAGUUCAAUGACCUUAGGUUUGUCGGCAGGUCCGGACGGGGUUAG